AUGAAGCUCUUCGAAGACAACGAGAAGCUCGUCGAGAAGUAUGCAACCAAGAAGGGUAUACACUUCUUCCUGCAGCAACGUGUUGGCAAGCUAUUGUCUCAAAAGCACGGGCGCCCUCAGCAAGAGGACCACUUCCAGUUGAGUGAUAUCACUGACUGGCAGUUCAAUCUAUUGCCACUGCUACGACUGUAUGAUAAGAAGCAUACACUAACUAUUCACAUCACGGAGAAGUGGCACAACAUAGCCACUGAGGUCCUGUCCUCAUCACCGCCUAUACGAAGCAAGGAGACAUUCGACGAGCCGUCUUCACCUCCAGCAGCAGACCCGAAGCGUCCAAGCAAGAAAGCUCUUACUAGGGCCAAUAUGGCUAUUGUUAAGAAGCUCUCUACGAAGGUGGAAGACUAUCGUGAUAUCGUGGGCUUAUACAAGUGUUCUGACAGGCAGUGCAACAACGUCAAGUUCAGCGGUCAGGGUCAUGUUGGCUGCCUUGUAGAAGACGGUGAACACUACGCUAUUCUCGGCAGUCACAUGAAUGAGUGGUAUGCCCUCAUCGACAAGUACGCUGGCAAGCCUGAUGCUAUCGCCCUUCUCAAGGAAGGACUACCUACUACUAUUGCCGAGAAGGUAAGGAAGAUGCACAAGGUCGCUACGAGGUUUCGAAGCAAGAAGGCAACACCGGAUACACCUUCCCCUUCAUCAACACCUGUUAGUGUUGUUCAGCAGCAAGCAGUGUAUCAACAGCCGCCGUAUCUAUAUACGUAUCCACCGCCGCCGUUCUAUCCACCGCUAUAUUAG